AUGUUUGAAAGCUGGAAUACUGAGCGGUUCAAUCAGUUUUCCAGACUGAUAAAACGAUGCUUACAAAGAGCAAAUCUGGAAAGAUUCCAAAUAUUACGAGUCUUCAAACACGGUGGGUCUUGCCUGAUACCAAGACUGAGUCAAAUUAUUGAUGAAGAGCUUACACCAGCAAUAAGUGUACUGAGCGAUUCAGUCUCCAGAGGGGCAGCCGUCUAUGCUGGCAUGAGGGCUGGCAUAGACGAGAAUACAGAGUGGAAAAAAGAACUGGAAUUGUACGAACUGACGCCUGUAAUUAGCGUAGGAUUACAUGACACACAAGUGAGGAAGAUGGUAGACCGGGCUUACGUGCCUCAGAGCAGAUUCAGAGUUUUCAGCUACACGGCCCCUGAAGCCUGUGAGGCUCGACUGAAUGUUUACGAACUUGACAACAAGUUUGUGAGGAGGCAAAAUUUAAUUGGUGGUAUUUCUCUUAUAUUCCCUCAGUCAACCAUAAGGAAAUCUCUGUCAUUGGUUAUCUUCACCGUUAGAAUGGAAAGCUUUUUAGCGACUAUAUAUUCCGAGACUUUGGAUAACAGGUAUAGUCGUCUAGAUUUAUUACAACACUAUGGCGAUGAAGGGCGGCCCGACCAACGAAACUGGCUUCGAGCACUGACCCCCUUAGAUGAUAUUAGGGUAAACUUGGACUCAUCUGCUCAGACUGUUGACUUAGACUCAGAAGGCAACGAAGUAAGGGGCCAUUUUCACAAUCGGACAUUGUCCGUGGAGGGCUCAAGGCAAUGUGGCUGUACUUUGUAUUCUACUUGUAAAAUCUAUCAGUCAUAUGAACUCGUUCUUACCGUUACUCCACCCCCGAUUCCUGGUGAUAUCAAUACACCCCCCCAAGACAUGAAUGUUCCUGAUCUACCAGGAGGAAUUAGAGACAGACCUCAAGAAUAUAGAGAAAUGAUACAUCUUCCACAUCCAGAUAUGCCUGCAUUCAUAGAGGGUGUUCCUGACAUACGACAACAUUACACACCACCGCUAGACUUGAGUGUUGGUAACUUAUCCAGAGGACCUGAAAUUCAACCUGUGAUGUACAAUCCUGAACAAUAUAGACAAAGAACGGAAGCCGUUCCUGAAAUACGAAGGCCUGAUGUACAAUUGCAAGACCCGAGAGCUGGCUACGUAUCCAGAGAACCUGAUAGUCAACCUGUGAUGCACCAUCCUCAACAACAUCAACCUAGAACGGAAGCCGUUCCUGAAAUACGAAGGCCUGAUGUACCAUUGCAAGACCCGAGAGCUGGCUACGUCUCCAGAGAGACUAAUAUUCAACCUGUGAUUUACAAUCCUCAACUAUAUCAACGAAGAACGGAAGCCGUUCCUGAAAUACGAAGGCCUGAUGUACCAUUACAAGACCCGAGAGCUGGCUACGUCUCCAGAGAGACUAAUAUUCAACCUGUGAUUUACAAUCCUCAACUAUAUCAACGAAGAACGGAAGCCGUUCCUGAAAUACGAAGGCCUAAUGUACCAUUACAAGACGUGAGAGCUGGCUACGUAUCCAGAGAACCUGAUAUUCAACCUGUGAUGCACCAUCCUCAACAAUAUCAACGAAGAACGGAAGCCGUUCCUGAAAUACGAAGGCCUGAUAUACCAUUGCGAGACGUGAGAGCUGGCUACGUAUCCAGAGAACCUGAUAUUCAACCUGUGAUGCACCAUCCUCAACAAUAUCAACGAAGAACGGAAGCCGUUCCUGAAAUACGAAGGCCUGAUAUACCAUUGCGAGACGUGAGAGCUGGCUACGUAUCCAGAGAACCUGAUAUUCAACCUGUGAUGCACCAUCCUCAACAAUAUCAACGAAGAACGGAAGCCGUUCCUGAAAUACGAAGGCCUGAUAUACCAUUGCGAGACGUGAGAGCUGGCUACGUACCCAGAGAACCUGAUAUUCAACCUGUGAUGCACCGUCCUCAACAACAUCAACCAAGAACGGAAGCCGUUCCUGAAAUACGAAGCCCUGAUGAACCAUUGCAAACCUCGAGAGCUGGCCAACCAGUGGUCAUUUUGAGAGGAGAUAAUAUGAAGCCUGUCACGUACUUUUCUCAAGAAUAUUUACUAAGAAUAGGACUUUGGGACCCUCCUAACAUGCAAGGAUAUUAUGCUCCAUCACAAGUUAUGAAUGUUGACCACUCAUCCAGGCGACCUGAUAUGUACCCUUUGAUACACAAUCCUAUACAAGAUAGACAUACGGUGGGAGCUUCGCAUUCUAGACCGGAAGUGGAAAUCACACCUGUCACAACUCCAAGGGAACUUCGAAAUCCAUUUACCGUUCCAGCAGAUCGCAGAUUCCAGAGCAGCAUACAGAAGAUAGCUGAUGAACAACUACCACACGAGCCAUUUGAGGCGGAACCUAUUGUCAAUUUGGAUCCAAAUACAGGUAGCACGGGAGAAUCUGAGACCAUGCCUGUUUCUGGGGAGAACCGACCGCCUGCACCUGAUGUGAUUGUUGCUGGUCCCAGUGGAAGAGCUUUGAGUCUUCCCAUCAGUGUUCCUAUCAAUAAGUUGAAUCUAUCACUACUUUCUGGAAGGCAAAUCACGAUCAGAAUGUCUCCUACUAAAGAGUCCGGAUCGUUGAAUCCAAAUGCAGGUACCACGAGACAAAGUCAAAACACCUCUACUCCUGGCAGUAAUCUUGAACCUGGUACAGGUUCGGACGAUCGCAUCACCUCGGCUAGACAAGGUCAAUCAGGUGAAAGAGGCGAGGGCUCAGAUAGAACAGAAAACUAAUCGUGUUGGUCAAGAACGGACGUUUCCCACUGUGGCAGUCGUACAACUAGAUUUUAGCACUUUCAGACAUGUUUAAUGGAUGCUUCUUUUCAAAGUAUGAAUUUCCACUGAAAGAAGGAGUGGGAGAUUGCUGUCAAUGAAGGACGAGUCAAAUACGGCGCUUCGUUAAAGAUAGGGAGGAAAUUUGUGGGUGGUCGAAUGUAGACCAUAGUACUUCUUCAAUAGUUUAAGUAUUUUAAUAUCAUGUUUUAAUUAAUUCUAUGUUUAAUUUAUUAGUGAUAUCUUGAACUACUUGUAUGUUUCCUGCAAGGCAGAACGCAUUUUUCUGCAUUAAUUUAUAUUGCAACUAAUAAAAUAAAAUUUUCAAAUAUUAGUGUUACGUUAAAGAUAGGGAGGAAAUUUGUCGGUGGUCGAAUGUAGACCAUAGUACUUCUUCAAUAGUUUAAGUAUUUUAAUAUCAUGUUUUAAUGAAUUCUAUGUUUAAUUUAUUAGUGAUAUCUUGAACUACUUGUAUGUUUCCUGCAAGGCAGAACGCAUUUUUCUGCAUUAAUUUAUAUUGCAACUAAUAAAAUAAAAUUUUCAAAUA